AUGGCAGAAUUAGAAGCUAAAUUAAAACGAAAGCGUGCUGUCCUUAAAGGCAAAGUCACUGUGGCUUAUAAUUUUAUAAAUAAAUUAGUAGAUCAAACACCUGAUAAUCAAACAUUACAUGAGGUAGAAAUUAGAUUAGAAAGGUUGGUGGGUCUUUUGGAUAACUUCCAGGAGGUUCAAAGUCAAAUUGAGGAGAUUGUUCCCUUAGGAAAUUUGGAUGCUGAAACCGGGGAGUGGGGAGCAUUUGAAAACUCUUAUUAUAAAACCGUAGCAUAUUAUAAAACUAUUUUGGACGAUAAUCAACCAUCAAAUCUUUUAGACAAUAAUUCAAGUGCCAGAACGGAAUCCGAUAGAUUAGAGUUGUCCCAGAAUUCAGUUAUUUGA